AUGUUGAUGAUGGAGGACGACGAACUGGACGCUCAUCAGGUUGAUUCGGAUUUUGAGCCGCAAAGCCGGCCUCGCUCGUGCACCUGGCCGCUGCCUUGCCCGGAGGAUUUCCCCGAGGUCAGCGGGGGACUCCCGCUGGCUGGCAUCAAGGUGGAACCGGAGGACGUGCCGGCGUGCAGAGCCGGGCUGCUGGCGGGCGGCGCACCGGGCGAGCUCAAGCAUCCGGCCGGCGCCCCGGCACCGGUCGGCACCACGCACCCGUGCAUGGACGCCAGCGGACCGCUGCGCAAAGCCAAGUCGUCGCGGAGGAACGCGUGGGGGAACCAGUCCUACGCGGACCUCAUCACGCGUGCCAUCGAGAGCACCCCGGAGAAGAGGCUCACGCUGUCGCAGAUCUACGACUGGAUGGUCCGCUACGUGCCCUAUUUCAAGGAUAAAGGCGACAGCAACAGCUCGGCCGGAUGGAAGAACUCCAUUCGUCACAACCUAUCCCUACACACACGCUUCAUCCGUGUUCAGAAUGAGGGCACUGGAAAGAGCUCCUGGUGGAUGUUGAACCCUGACGGAGGGAAAAUGGGCAAGGCUCCAAGACGACGAGCUGUCUCCAUGGACAACAGCACCAAGUAUCUCAAGAGCAAAGGUCGCAUUCGAGGCAAGCGGGUUGGUCGUCCUGGAAUUGGAGCGGGUUCAACUGUCGUGGGCCUACAGGGAUCCCCGGACCACAGUAGCCCACCUCAUAAAGGUCUACCUGGUUCUGGAGGGACUUCAGGUACGGACAGUGAGUUUGAUGCCUGGACUGAUCUUCACUCCAGAGCCAGCUCGUCAGCAUCUACCCUGAGCGGCCGUCUGUCACCAAUUCUUGCAGAAGGGGAACCGGAGGAACCUGAUGAGGGAGGCUUGUCAUGUUCCACUUCCCCCCACCUCUACCCGUCACCCACUGCCCGUUCUCCGUCCAUGGGGGCAGGCAACCGCUGUCCUCCCCUUGAGCAAUUGCCUCAGCUGACAAACCUAACAGGUGCCAUCAGUCUUGAUGAACAGCUGAUGGAGGACGGCUAUCAUCACCAUCAUUCACAGCAGCAACACCAACAGCAUCCUUCUGUUGGGAGACAUAAGCACCAAACCUCAGUCUACCACUACAGUUCUGGAGUGAAAGGCCAGACGUCCUAUGGUACAAGUGGGUAUGGUACGACAGGCAUGGGCAUGAUGCGACAUCACUCUCCCAUGCAAACCAUCCAAGAGAAUAAGCCAGCAAGGUUUUCUGGAACAAUGCGAACGUAUUCCAGCACCAAUGCCCUGCAGAGCCUCCUUACAGGGGGAGCAGCCGGGCAGCCUUACUGCCCCAAGGAAAUGAUGCUGGGUCUAAAGAGAGAAGGUCAUACGUUGAUGUCCUGCAAUGGUUCUAACCCUCACAGCCACCACGUCAGUCACCACAAUGGACAUGGCCAGAAUCACAAUGGACCUCACAGUCAUAGCCACAACAGAACUCACAGCCAUGCACACGCUCAUAAUCACAACUCAUCUCACAGCCUCAGCCACAACGGCAUCGGCCAUAACCACACAUCUCGAGUACCGCCCCUGAAUCCGUGUGGCAACGGUAAUUUACUGCAAACCUACAAUCACAAAUCUCCUUACCUGUACAGCCCUCCAGCACACGCCCACUUACCGGCGUCUACCACCCUGCCCCCCAACCCGGCGGGGAUGCUCGGCAUGCCCCAGGACUCCUGCCAUUUGGCUACCGCGCCACAUCCACACCCUCGUCACAACCAUUACCCUGACCCACAACACCAAGCCAUGGUGAACGGACCCUUCCACCACGGUCAGGGUAUGGUUGGUAGCAACGGCACCGGGGGAUACCACCACGGCUAUCACCAACCCCAUCCGCACGAGAGACUACCCGCGGACUUGGACAUCGACAUGUUCCAGGGCAGCUUGGACUGUGAUGUGGAGUCUAUCCUCCUCCAUGACAUCAUGGACUCUGGAGAGGAGAUGGACUUCAACUUUGACUGCUCUCUUGCCCAAGGGGUGGGCAUCGGAAUGGGAAUGGGGAUGGGUGUGACCAUGGGUAUGGGAAUGGGAAUGAGCGGACUGGCCGGUCCACAGCAAACCCACAGCAACCAGAGCUGGGUGCCCGGCUAA